AUUCUCCUGAAAAACGUCAAAUUUAAUACAAAUUACAAUAACAAUAAACAUGAAAUUUUAUGCUAAGGGCCUGUACGCAAAAUAAUAAAAAUGGAAUUGUUUAAAUCGGAAUUAUACUAUAUAUUUGUUAGAAAUGAGUCAAGUUUGUGGUGGAAUCGGCUAACCGGAGCGUUUUCAGUGAGAUCAGCAUGGGACUUAUCAGAUAUAGAAGAUAUAGAAUGUUUAGGAAUAACAGAAGGUAUUAUAGGGAAAGUGGAACAUUCGAAUAUUUACGAACCGAGACUUAUGAUAAUAAAAGAAAGUGUUCCCGUUGGCCAAAUUUACUUCCACCACACUAUAUAUAAAAUAAAGUCUAUAUGUUUUCUUAACAUGGGCUCCUCUAAUCAGGAAUUAGAAUUAUGUCCAUGUACGAAACACGGGUCCGCCGCUUUAAUGGUUAGUACAAGUAAGGGAGGCAGUAGAAAGAUGGGUGCGAGAUUGUUUGAAAAUUCUGCCUUUUUAAAUAAAACUGUAGGAGCUGUUAAGAAUGUUAGUAACACAAUUAAAACGACCACACAACAAGCUGCUACUCAGGUGAAACAAACAGUUAAGAAACAGCGUGAUCCUAAACUAGCAGAACGUUUUGAAAAGAGAUUAACAGAUGAGCUCCAUAAAAUAUUUGAUGACUCUGACAGUUUCUACUAUUCUCGAACACUAGACUUAACAAACAGCUUGCAACGACAAUAUGAAAUAGAGAAAGUUCUAGAAACCGAAGAAGGAACUGGGAAACCAAUAACUGACAUAACAAGAUGGUGGAAAUAUGUAGACGAUAGAUUUUUCUGGAACAAACACAUGCUUAAAGAUAUCAUUGCUUUGGAGAGUCCAAAUUGCGAUCAAUGGGUAUUGCCAAUCAUACAAGGAUAUGUUCACCUAUCACAAAUAGCAGUCGAACCACCAGAUGCAAAUCCUUUGAAUACAGAAUCAUUGUCUAAUACUAACACAUGUGAUGAGAAAUUUACCCUAGGUCUUAUAUCAAGACGGUCCAGAUAUCAAGCUGGAACUAGGUACAAUCGUCGGGGAAUUGAACCUGAAGGCAAAGUUGCUAAUUAUGUGGAAACUGAACAAAUUGUAUCCAUCAUAUGCUCAGAUAGCAUACACAGAGCUUCUUUUGUUCAGGUCCGUGGAUCGGUGCCAAUAUUCUGGAGCCAGCCCGACUACAAGUUUCGUCCUCCACCGCGUUUGGAUAGAACUGAAGAGGAGUCUCACGUGGCUUUCAAGAAACACUUCGAAGAGGAACUUAAAACAUACAAGCAAGUCUGUAUCGUGAAUCUCGUCGAACAGCAGGGGAGGGAGAAAAUCAUUUGGGAGGCGUACAGCAACCACGUGCUCAAGUACAACAGCCCUGACAUCAUUUAUGCGACCUUCGAUUUUCACGAGUAUUGUCGCGGAAUGCACUACGAGAACGUCGGCAUUCUGAUCAAUGCCAUCUCCGACAUCAUCGGGGAAAUGCGUUUCUGUUGGAGAGACGACCGUGGUCUCAUCUGCACUCAGAACGGCGUGUUCCGCGUCAAUUGUAUCGACUGUCUAGACAGGACUAACGUAGUGCAGACGGCCAUAGCCAAGUACGUGCUGGAGCUGCAGCUGUGCCGCCUGGGGCUCGGCGCGCCGGGCAGCGGCCUACCGCCCGCGCUGCGACAAGCCUUCCUCGCCAUGUGGGCCGACAGCGGCGACCUCGUGUCGCGCCAGUACGCCGGCACCAAGGCGCUCAAGGGUGAUUAUACACGCACCGGGGAAAGAAAAUUAACCGGAAUGAUGAAAGAUGGCAUGGCUUCCGCAAACAGAUAUUAUCUCUCAACGUUCAAGGACGCGCUCCGUCAGGUUGCCAUCGACGUGAUGACGGGAGAGUCGCGGUCCAUACCCGAACAGCUGAUCGUGCCGGACUGCACCAAGUGCACCUCGGUCAAGGUGCUCAAUAUGUACAAUGACCAGGCCGCCCCAGACACCGCGGCGAUGGCGCAGCACGUGAAGUCCCUCAUCGACGACUGCAAGAAGCUGCUCGUGGACACGGAGCCCGUGCUCGGCUCGUGGGGACUCAUAGAUGCGGAUCCACAUACAGGCGACCCUCAGGAGACCGAAAUGGAUAGUGUUUUAGUGUUAACUAGCGAAGCGUACUAUGUGACGGAUUAUGAUGAAACUUCAGACCGCCUGCUCUCGGUGCAGAGGGUACCGUUGUGUGACGUCAUUUCGGUGGAACUCGGGACUUUGGACUCUAGUGCUACGAUAUUCGGCGUCGGUCGUAAGAGUACCACGGAUCCAGUACAUUGCAUCAGGAUUAACUACACGUAUAACAACGAAUCGGGCUACUUCCAUAUGUUCCGCUCGACGUCGCUUCGGUUCUUCAAUAACAUGGCCGUGGUUAUCAACACUAAGGACGAAAUGAUUGAAUCACUGCACUCGAUCUGCGAAUCGUUGAUGGUCGCUCGUGACGUUGCCAAACUGCCGCCCAUAACGUUCCAUGAUGGUAUUAAAUUAGAAAGGAAAAAAUCCAAGAUACAUCCAGCACAAGGAGCGUCCGGUGGAGCCAGGUCCUCCCUGUACCUGGACCUCUCCCGCCUGCCCACACUCACGCGCAACGUCAGCGAAACGCAGCUAGUGGCUGAUAUUCGGAGCGUUGGAUCAAAAGCUUUAAACAACAUGUCAGAGCAAUUCAGCAAACUCAAUAAAUUGAGUCACUCUCUCAACGCACGAGCGAGGCCGAGCCUACAACUAAAGUUCGAUCAAAGCGCUUCCCGCACAAAGAAGAUAUUUACUUUGGGUCAAAAUAAAAACGAUAAAAAGAAAGGUAGUCUCUCUGACGGAAUGAGCUCGGACUACUCAUCGGAUGAUGAUAACAGGACGAAUAUAUUUGAACCAACGUUGGACAAUUUUGAGAACAUGCAACACUAUAUCGGCGAUCAGCAGAGAAAGGACGAGAACGACUGCGAUUUGAUAGAAAAUCCUCUGUAUUCGUCCAAAAUAGAACCACACGAGGAAGUCGUCGAAACAAGCACUUCGAUUGUUAAGGAAAAACAGUCUUUGAAAACUCCCAAUAAUACAGCUAAAAAGAAUCCAUUCGAUACAGAAUCUAUAACGCCAGAAAUCCAAAUAGAAUCUGAUGGCACUUGUACUAAACCUGCACCCCCGAAUUCUCUGAUGCUCUCCCAGAAGUUGUCUCAAAGCUCCGGGUAUAUAAACUUCGAGGAAAGCCAGAACGUUCCAGGAGGUGUCAAUUAUCAUGUCCGUUCAAAUUCUCAGCACGAAAUCACUUUGAAUAUUGCUCAAUCGCACAGUGAAUCGGCUUUGCGACAGUUGAAAAACAUCGCCAGCCCUGUGUCUAGUGCGACUCGGGAAAUGGUUCUUUCGCCGUUUUCUAAACUAGCAAAGGGAGUGCAAACUUUGGGAGCUAAUUUGGACCCCAGAAAGAUAAAGGGCUCAACUGCAAUUAAACAUAUAUCCGAACAACAAUACGAAGAACACAAGAAGUUACAAGAAAAAUGGCAAGGUUGCAACACUCGUCUGGUCGCCCUCUAAACAGUGUGGCCAGUACUACCGAGAGAAAAUAAUAAUGUUACCAGUAUGAAAAAUCCGUAAAAAUAAAGGUAAUUUAAUUUAUCAUUAAAUUAUAUAACCGGUCACAAAAUAAGUAUUACUACAGCCAUUAGCAAAUGCAUAUUAAGGCUUUAUAAACGUUUAGGAACUAUAAAAACUAUACGCUUCAAAAAUAUUACAGCAAGUGUCAUUUUCCUUUGCUUAGUUCAAUUAUUAGAAUAAUUAUUAUUAUAUAACUAUACAUACCAGUUAACUUAGAGGUAUAUUGACGAAUUCCAGUAAUUUAGAACAAAAAUUGUUAUAUAAUUAGAAGUAUCGAAUUAGAUGAAUGUUAUGCCGGUGCCAGACAUUAGAUAUAAUGAUGAAUGCCGAGUUAUAUGUAGCUGAGUGAUCACAGUAUUGUGUAGUUUCUGUACUUGUUAACAUUGUGGUGUUCGCAUUAUGAAGAUUAAAGAACUGUAAUUUUAAUUAAUGAUCGGGUGUUACCGGUUUUAUAGUUAGAAAUGCUUUGAUUCACAAUUGCUAUUUAAAAAAUUUCAAAGUAUCAAGUUGAGAUUUUUUAUAACAUAACUAUAUAAAACUUUUGUUAAUAUAA